ACACACCUCUCCAGUUCAUUUCAGUCAGUCGUGCGAGUACGAAAAUAUCUGUGGUCAGUUAUUGUGACUUUGUGACCGCGUGAUCGUAGCUGUCGUGAUUUUAGAUUCUGUGAUCAUAAUUUAUCGUUUGCGAAAAGAAUUUUGAGUGAAAAUGGGCGAUAUUCAAGCCGGUCAGAACUUAAAUGCGUUCCUAAUAGGAGCCAUUACAAUUCUUUUCUGUGUAAUUUUACAUUUUGUAUACAAGACCGCCUUCAAAAGCAAGAAAAAGGAAGCACCACAACAUGAAAUUGAGAGCGAUUCAGGUGCUCCAGCGGAAGAAGUUAGCUCCGAAACUACUGCUACUGAAACUCGUAUCAGCGGUAAAACUAAAAAGCGCGCGACAUGGAAAGGAAAGUCCGAAUUCAGUCAUCCAUGGCUGCUGAAGAAUCUCAAGGGACACCCAGGCACCGUUCUUCUAGUGGAUUUCUCUGCCAACGGCAAGUUUAUGGCCGCUACCUGUGAUGAUGGCUCCGUGAUCCUAUGGGACAUUCGGGAUCUAAACCAGAAGGAACACAAAACGUUGCGUGUGAACAUCGAAUUUGACCAUGCGUCGCACGUUGCCUGGAGUCCAGACUCGAAGGCAUUUAUUGUUCACACCGUGCGUGAGAAUCACAUCGUAGUCUACAAGAUAGAGAAGAAAAAGGACGGCACCAUAGGGUCGGCGGCGCCGGUCAUCACGUUCGAAAAGGUCCACGAAGUAGAUGUGGUCGGUUUCGACAUAUCGAGCAACGGCAAGUUUAUGAUGUCCUGUUCAUCAAAUAACGACAUGGUCAUUUGGGACCUGAAAGGGCAACAACUGGAGAGGCUCGACACAUACCUGAUGACGACACACACCGCCAAAGUUUCACCAUGCGGCCGCUUUGUGGUGGCGACGGGUUUCUCACCCGACGUCAAAGUGAUGGAGGUGUGCUUCACAAAGAACGGGGAGUUCAAACAAGUGACAAAGGCAUACGAGCUAACCGGCCACUCGUCGGGAAUAUACGACGUUGCCUUCGACGUGGAUACGUCACACAUCGCCACAAUAUCGAAGGACGGCACGUGGAAGCUAUAUCAUACAAAGAUCGACUAUGCCCGCGGGGAGUCACCCCACGUGCUCGAGACUGGCACAUACGGCCAGACAGCGAACCCGCCGCGCAUCGCCCUCUCGCCCAACGCCGAGGUAUUGGCAGUCUCCGUGGACUCCUCCGUCGAGUUCUACGACACCUACACGGGCAAACUUUACGAUACCGUGGAAAAUGUUUACUCUGGAUUGAUAAACUACAUGAAAUUUGACGCAAGCGGGAAAUACUUGUUUGUGUGCGGGGACCGUGCUGUCAGGGUGCUACACAACGUGUGUGGGUACUUCACUACUAUCGCGAGCUGUACCAGGCUGCUGGGGACCAAGCAAACUUCGGCCACCGUGGAGCGACAGAAGAAAACCAUCCAGGAAUGCAAGGAGGCCCUCGCCAAGUUCGGCAAGUAACGCCAUCUACAGGUCGCAUAUGUUAUUAUCACAAUCUUGUCGUAACUGCAUUUAUUGUUUGUAAUCUUUGAUAUAUUUUUUAUAAUUACGUAUACAUUUGUAUGAUUGUCAGUGUUGCUAGAACAUACAUCUUUCAAUGUACUUCAGAUGUAGGCAGAUUUUGGUUACCUGGAAUUAAAGAAAAAAUGUACAAACUAAAAUAAAUCGAUAGACUGCAAAAGGUUCAAGAAUUUAGUUCUUUUAUGUUUCGAUUUUUCUGUUCCAGUGAUUUAUGGGCACAAGGUUUUGAUCAGAAUCUCGCAACUCUGACGAUAAUAUUAAUAAGAAUAUACUACUAUUAGUUAAUUAUUAUACUUGUUCACAGUUGACAUCGUUUUAUAUGUUGAUCUCGGUCCAAAAGUAUUUUCAAAAUUAUAUUGAUAAAGCCUAUGGAUUAGUAAAAAUACGAAUUUGUAAAAAAAAAUUAUUGCAUGACUGAACUAUGUAUAAUAUCUGUUACGUGAUAUUCGAGUAACAGCAGUGGUAAUUUGCAUGUCAAUUAUAUUACUGCUAUAGUAAGACCACUACAUAAUAUAUGACGUAACAGUCGGAGAAUAUCGUUAGUUUAGUUUUUGUUAUUACGUAAACAUGACACAUAAACUCCUAUAAGAUAAUGUAAGUUCCUAAUCGUAAGCUAUUCCACUCCACCCGACUUCGUCCUUGCAAAGUUCCUUCUAGAUAUUUUUUUGCAUAUUAUCUGUCGACUACCAGUUUUAGUACUUCAGGAACUACGAAGCUUUUCUGAACGAUAAAACAUGAAUUUGCAUAUUUUAUGUCAGGGAAAUAGAGUUGAAAAUUCGAUGCACAAUUAUCAAAAUUGGGGUGUUAAUUAAAACGAAUUAAAUGCAGAAGUUCUUUAAAAUUGUUGUUUUAACUUUAAUAAUCCGAUUUUGAUGAACACAAAAACGUGUCGGCUAAAAUGUUGCAAUUCCUGAAGUGCUAACAAUUUCAAGUGAAGCCAGGGUCGGUUUUCACAAUCGCCACGUCAUAGUUCACUGUCUUUGCGUAAAUACGUACAUACUGUAUUGUUAUUGAUCGCGGUCGAUGUGUGACGUGGCCCUACCGGCCAUGCAUGCCACUCGAUAUUACAAUUAAGUCAAGGAACUGGGUAAGGUUAUUUUUUAUAGAUAUUUCUUGCACACAUUUUCGUGCAACGUUUCGUGUUUUCCCCAGUGAUCAUCUCUGAAAUUGCAUUUAGUUAUACUGAUUUGUCAAUAAAAAUAUAUGUUUUUAA